GGAGUUGGCUUGCUUCUCUUGCUUAUUAAUUUUACUUAGAUUAUUGCAAUAUAUAUAUAAUUUAGUUUAGAACAUUGUGAAAAUGUAAAUGGUUGGGAAGAUACAUCGAAUUGUAUGUAGUGCCCAAUGGGUUUAACCGUUAUUAAUCAAAUUAUUUUGUUCCAAUUGCCAUGCUAUUGCACAAUGUGGUGGCCUGGUGGUGUUGGGGAUCAUGUUCUUGAACAAUAUAUAUGCUAGUACACAGGCAGGUGGUUUUGAACUAACUAUGAAAAGGCCGUUGGGCAAGAGGAGAUAUGUCUAUCAGUAGCAGGGGGAGAUAUGUCUAUCAGUAGCAGGAAUUUGAUACCAUAAUUGUAUGGAAAAUUAAUUCUAUGGGCUUUCACAGCAAGGCUACGAACUGCUUUGUGACGGCCAGCGACGAUGAAUCAAUCCGCCUAUAUGACAUUCAAAAUGCAGUGUGUGUACAAGCCAUUACUCCUUGCCUUUCUUGACGGCCUAGUGACCAGGCAGUGGUGGGGACAUAUAUGGCAGAAGGGGUUGAAUGGAACAGAACAGAAGACACCUCAUUUCCCCUUCAAUCCUCAAAUUCUUAUCAGGUGUCGCCACCUCACCAGGACAGCACAAUUUCAGCAAGGAAAUGGUUUCCCUUUGAAAAUGAACUAGUGGGCAUCGGCAUAGCCAACACUUUUAGGGCACGCCAAUUUUGGCAACAAUCCAAACGUUAGUCGAAUUUCUUUGAUAUUACCAAAUUUGCUAAGACUCAUAGGGCUCCAAACCAAACAGCCCCCAAGAUUCCCAUAGCGGCGCAGCCAAGAAUAAAUGCCGGCCUGUCUAUCCCUCCCUCUCUCUUCACGCCUCUCCUCACUCCGCCACUGCCCCGCCCGUCACAGCACUGCUCCUCCCUCGGCCUAGCGGAGUGGAGAUCCAUCCAUCCGGGUGUGUAUUGGUUGGUUCCAUCUGCUGGUGAGCACCCCUUCCUUUGCUCUGUGGAUUCUGUUGUUUUUAUGAUUAGAUUCCCACUCAGUUUGUUGUGGAUUCGUGUGCUGCUUCCAAUCCGAAUCCAUCCAUCCAUGGUUUGAUUAGGUUCUUCUUCUUCAGUCCUCAAGGCUGAAUCCUUGGUAGCCGAUUGAUUAAGGUGCGGGUGCAGUUUAUUUUCCAAAGAUUUGGGGAAUCGCCCCCAUGACGACUCCACUCAUGGUUACCAUGGAGGUCACCGACAAGGUGCUCCAGAGCAUGAAGGCUGGACUGGUAUUCCGAGGCUACAACGGCAGAAUUAGUUCUAUGGAUUUUCACAGCAAGGCUACGAACUAUCUCGUGACAGCCAGCGAUGAUGAAUCAAUCCGUCUAUACGACAUUCAAAAUGCAGUAUGUUUGAAGACUAUUAAUAGCAAAAAAUAUGGGGUUGAACUUGUAUGCUUCACUGAUAACCCAGCUCUUGUCUUAUAUUCGUCAAAAAAUGGCUGGGAUGAAUCCCUGCGUCUACUUUCACUGAAUGAUAACCGGUUUGUUAGAUAUUUUAAGGGCCAUCUUGACAGGGUUGUGUCUAUCUCAUUAUGCUCUGAGAAAGAAGUUUUUCUCUCUGGUUCACUUGAUCGAACCGUUCUCUUAUGGGAUCUGCGGGCUGACAAAGCACAGGGCUCACUGCGUGUGCAAGGGAGGCCUGCAGUUUCGUAUGAUGAUCAGGGUUUGGUUUUUGGAGUCGCAUAUGGUGGUCACGUACGGAUGUUUGAUGCGCGAAAAUUUGAAAAGGGGCCUUUUGAUAUCUUCUCUGUUGGUAAUGAUGAUUCAGAAGCCCAUGUCAUAAAGUUCAGCAGUGAUGGCAGGCGGCUUCUGUUAACCACCAAAGCUGGCCGUGUUCAUGUGCUAGAUUCAUUUCAUGGCAACAAUAUAGCAACAUACAAUGUUAAGCCAGUGCUAACCAAUUCAACACUGGAGGCAACAUUUAGCCCUGAUGGAAACCAUAUCAUAUCUGGCUCUGGUGACGGUAGUGUUUAUGCCUGGAACGUUAGGAGUGGAAAGGUUGCGCACUGGGGAAGCACAGAUAAUGAACCGCCACUAGUAAGGUGGGCUCCAGGAUCCUUGAUGUUCUUGACAGGAUCUUCAGAACUGUCCUGCUGGGUUCCAGAUCUAUCCAAGCUGGGAUCCUUUGCCGUUACUAAGUAAAUGCAAAUGAUAAGAGAUGAUGCCUUGACUGCUAUGUGAAGCAAAUUUCAUCAAGUUGCGCUGUAUGACUGGACUCUUAGGCCAUCAGCUGCGAAUCAGGAACAACAAAACUAUAGCCAACUAUUUGUUCGAGUAAGUCGUACUCUGUAGAUUCGAAUGUAUCCUUGGGUUCUUGAUAACAGUACUUUUGCUCUUGGGUGCACAAUCGUAAUACAUGUUGAUCAGAUGGAUAAAGAUGUUAAAAGUGUUCGCUCCAUUCUUGUGAGAAUUUGGUGCUUUAUCUUGUUUUAGUGCUGAUAUA